AUGCACACUCUCACGCUUGUUCUGUAUGCUCUUUGUCCCAUUGCGCUCGCAGCCAGCUCUGGCUGUGGAAGCGUCCUACCAUCGGGACUCACGCCAGGUAAAUCUACCACCAAUGUGACUCUGUCCUCGAAAUCCGUCAUUGGCAAAACAACCGAGCGUCAAUACAUUAUCCACCUGCCAUCAUCGUUCGAUGCCACAAACAAGAAAGCUGCGCCGCUGGUAAUUGCUUUCCAUGGUCAGCAGCAGCCAGCCAGGAGCAUGGAAGUGAUCAGCGAGCUGUCAACUCCGGCUUUCAAUCCGAAUACCAUUGUGGUCUAUCCAGAGGGCAUGAAUGUUCAGGCCCCCGGUGUGCAAUGGCUUGGAGACCCGCUGGCUCCUACAUCUUCAGUGAUUGACGACAGAAUCUUUGUUGAUGAACUCCUUUCACAUCUCACAUCCACGCUCUGCAUCGAUGAAAGCCGUAUAUACGCUGCUGGUCUUUCUAACGGUGGUGGACUGACUGGACUUCUGAUGUGCGAUCCAAAGCUCAACAAACGAUUUGCGGCCUUUGCAACAGUGGCGGGCGCAUUUUACCCGGACGCAAGUCUUACGGAGCCGCUAUUUCAGGGAGGAUGUCUUCCAAACCUGCAGGGACGAGCACUUCCCUACAUGAAUCUGCAUGGGCUGAACGAUAGCGUGGUUGCGUACGAUGGCAACAACAAUCCGCCACCAGCUUCUAUUCCGGUUUUGAACUGGGUUGAGGGUUGGGCGAAGCAUGAUAACUGCUUGAGCAACCCUCGAGCUGUGAACAUAGCCAGCGACAAGGUUACAGAGCGACGAUGGCAGUGCAAUGGUGUCAAAGAUGUUGUUGUUCACAGAGCUAUCCAGGGAUUUGGUCACGGAUGGCCUAGUCGCAAGGCCCAAGGUGAACCAUUCGACACACUGAGGAACGGACCUACAACAUGGGACGCUACCCCGUUCAUUCUGGAGUGGUUCGCCAAGUGGAAGUUAUAG